GUAACGUUUCCAUCAUGCCCGUGAAGGCAGCAGAGGUCUUAUUUUGCAAGAUGACGGAUCCUACGACGUCGCCAGAAGACCACUGGAAACAGACUGACGGUGCCUUCAGUGAUGGAGGGUUUGACCACAGUUUCUUUGCUGAAACGGUGAGAAAGGAUCCAGUCGUAUCCAGGGCCAACAGCAUCGGCUCCACAAGUGCCUCCUCAGUACCAAAUACAGAUGAUGAAGACAGUGACUACAGACAUGAGACUUCUUAUAAGGACUCGUACAAAGAUCGGCGGAGACAAGCGCACACACAAGCUGAACAGAAGAGAAGAGAUGCUAUAAAGAAAGGCUAUGAUGAUCUGCAGUCCAUAGUGCCCACCUGUCAGCAGCAGUCUGAAUUUGCAGUGGGAGCACAGAAAAUCAGCAAAGCCACAAUACUGCAGAAAACGAUUGACUACAUCCAUUUUCUCCACAAAGAAAAGAAGAAGCAGGAGGAGGAAGUGUCACUGCUCAGAAAAGAAGUCAUGGCGCUAAAGAUUAUGAAAACGAAUUACGAGCACAUAGUGAAGGCCCACCAGAACAACCCUCAGCAGGGGCAGGAUCAAGUGUCGGACCAAGUGAAGUUUAACAUCUUUCAGAACAUCAUGGACUGUCUUUUCCAGUCGUUCAGCAGCUCAGUGUCUGUCAACAGCUUCCAGGAGCUGUCGGCCUGUGUGUUCAGCUGGAUCGAGGAGCACUGCAAGCCCCAAACUCUGAGGGAGUUUGUGGUUGGCGUUCUUCGGCAGCUUAACGGACAGCUUUAUUGAUCCAGUGCACUGUGAACUUUUCCACUCGGACUUUGUACUUUCUCUGGCCUUUUGGGACAGGAUGAAAGCCUUUACCGACCUUGGGUUACACCUUUAGUAUUAUUCAUUCACUGCAGCUUAGCCGUGACCCAGGCUGCAAUACCUCAACCCACCACAUGGGCAUAUUCUCAUGUUGCUUUUUAUUGUUUGUAUUCUACAGUAUUGUAAUCUUCAGAUCCAAGUUCAAGAGAUGUCAUUGCUGUAUGUUUUCAGUUGUGCCAGUUAAGAUGGAGUAGUUCAGUGUGACGUCAUCACAGCUUGUUCAGGUCCAAAUAAGAAUGUUCGCUUUCCUCUGAAUCGAAAAGAAAUUAAGUUUCUGGUUAUAUUUUUAUUAUCAAAAUGAUUAAUAGUAUUUUAUUUUGGACAUUGAUCAUUUUAGUAUACAUAUUUAAUGUGUAAAAACUCCAUGCUGUAUAUUUUGUGUUUAAAAUAUAGUAGUGUAUGAUCUUGGGAUUUCCAUUGGACCCAGAAGUAGAGCGAUGGCGUCACUUGACCUCCCAUUGUCUUAAUUUUAUUUGUAGUUCACCGUACCAUACAGGUACUCCACACCAUUACUUUAAUCUUGUUUUGAGUUGAGGUCAUUCACUUGAGAUCAUGACAAAGCCUUAUGCAUUGAGUUAUUCACUAUUGUUCAGCUGAGAGUGGGUGAAAGACACUGUGGGGUUUAUCCAAAGUUUUACUUUAUAAGCUACUUGUGGCCUUGAUCACUGGAACUGCCCUAAUUAUUCAAAUACAUGUUUUAUACAAACCAAAA